CGCAAUUUUUGAGUGAGUCAAUACAUACGUUCAAUACUCCAUAAUGGUUAAGUUUACGAAAUGUUAAUACGAAAUCCGAUGUAGGACAAAUCUUCACCUCGGAGAAAUUUGAAUUAAAGAAAUGGCAAAAACAGAAGCUUCGAGUGAGGAGAAGAGUGUCGUCGUUUCUCUAGUUAAUUACAGAGAAGUUGCUGAAGCAACUCAUAGAGUGGCGCAAAAUGAAAAUAUGUUUAAGGAACUUGUAAACGUGGAGAAAUGUAAUCAGUAUGCGACGAGACUGAAGAACUGUACACAAGUUCACGUUGGGCCAAAAAUUGAAAUUCAUUCCGCAGAAUCGAAAGCAAGUUCCUUAAAGAAAGAUGAAGAAAGAGACGAAAUAUUCGACAUUUGCUGCCAGAAGAUGAAGGACAAAUAUGUGACUUGUUUUUCUUACAUGCGAUCUUUCUUAUGGGAAGGUAAAAGGAACGAUUUUCCACUAAAAAAUUAUUUCGUAGAAUUGAUUGUACAAAAGGCAGAUUUAUUUGGAAAGAAAAGAAAACAGAGAAUACGUCUGAAUGAUAUAUUCGCAAUACAACAAGAUGGACAUCAAACUAUUUUAGUUACAGGAGAUCCCGGUUAUGGCAAAUCCACUCUCUGCAAGAAAAUUGCGUACGAUUGGGCAUCUACGAAUUACCUACAACAUUUUCAGUUAACUUUUAUUGUAAUUCUACGAGAAUUAGGCGAUAAAAGUGUAAAAGAUGCAAUACUCGAUGACAUGCGUGAAUACUCCCCAAUGGAUAAAGAUUGGAAACUACAAGACAGGCAGCGGAAUGUUUUGGUCAUUUUGGAUGGUUUCGACGAAAUUGUAGAUAAAUCUAAAAUUACAAAAUUUAUAAGAGAAGAAUCUUACGAUAUUUCUCGUCGAAUGACGAUUGUGGUUACGAGUCGACCUCAAGCAGCGGAAGAAAUCAGAGAAGACAUGAAGAUGAGGUUUUCGAUAGAAGGGUUUUCUCCUCAAAAUCAAGAAAAAUACAUUCGAAUAAUAUUUAAAGAACACAAAAGUAAAGCCGACGAACUCUGUUCUGCACUGAAUGAAAACGACUUUUACAGAGAAAUAUCAGAAUGUCCUCUGAUGCUGCAUAUGUUGUGUUGCCUUCAUGAGAAUGCAGAAAUUGUAAAGCUCGAAACAAUGGCUGAUUUAUACAUCAAAAUAUUUACUCUUAUAUCUGAACGUUACGUGAGAAAAACUAAUCAGGAAGGCAAGUUUAAAAGGGGAAAAUACUUCGUGGGAGAAAAUUUGUUACUAGCAUUGGUAAACAAAUCGUCAAUUUCUAUCACAUCAGAAGAUUUAAAGGCUUUAUUUCCGAAUGAAGUUGAACGUAAUUUCAUCAUUGGACUGGACAUUCUUACUCUCGAUUGCUUUUCUAAAUGCGAUAAUACCAUUGCAUACAGUUUUGUACAUCGCACAUUUGGCGAAUUUCUUUUCUCUUUAUCAGUAUAUAUCGGUUAUUCAACUCGAUAUCCUAGGUAUGGUAUGGAAUUAUUAUUUUUACUUGGAUUAUAUAAAGAAGAUUUUUUACCCAAACCGAUGUUAAAAGCUGUGGAGGAUCAUAUGCACACGCCUGAAUUUAUGCUUCGCGCUUACAAAGAAAUCAAACUGAAAAGAAAUUGGGAACAAUUUUGUUCUCGUGCAAAAUUUAUAUUUGCUUCAUGCACAGAUAUUCCUUUGUAUCAAGGUCUAUUGAAGUUGUAUGAAUUCAAAGAGUUAUAUGUAUAUUUUUACCAGAUUCGUUACUUUUACGAAAAUCGGGUAAGUUACGUGAAUGACUUUUUGAAUGACUGGAGUGUAACGAAAAAUUGUAAGAUUUAUCUUAUUCUCUCUCUUUAUGAAAACUUUUCGAAUAAUUUAUACGAUAUAAGAGAACCUGUUUCUCGCAUUAUCGAUUUCGUUCGAGCAUUGAACGGAAUCAAUGAAAACAUUUAUUUUAUCGGUGUAAGUGAUUAUCAUACUGAUUUUAUACAUAGAUUCACCAAUGUAAAUCACUAUUUAAAUUUUUCUAAAAUCCGGGAAUCAUUAAAUAUAAGUCAAGACGAGGAAUUGAUUGGAUUGCAAUGUUUGAAAAGCGUAAGAAAAUCCAUCAUAUGUAUUUUAUCAUUUUGGCAAUACGAAAGUUUACGUAAUCGCAUCAAAUUUAAUCAAAUUAGUAAACUGAAUUUAGAUUGUGUUAUGAUGUAGACGAACUUCAAAAUAUAAAGUAUUCAAACGAAAAAAUCGUCUAAAUUCUACUGAUAAUAUUAAAUCAAUGCAUCAGUGACGAAACUCCAACUAAUGAAAUAUAUAAACUAAAUUUUAUUUAUUGUGCAAACUGGAUACAUUCUUUCAUGCCAAGAGCGAUACCAUCUCCCCCCAAAAAAUCACUUUUGUUGGAAAAGAUAAAAGAGUUUCCUAAUGCAUGAUAAUUAUAUCGAUAAAACUAUAUUUGACUCUAAAACCAAUACCGAAUAUCAACAUUUCAGCAUGUAUGCAGUUAUCGUGUUAUUUUUCGAAUAAUUUUGUCAAAAGUUGGCACCAGUUAACUGUACAACACUUCAAGGUUAAAAUACAGUUUCCUUAUUGCGUAAAAUUACUUUCUUUAAUGGCUGGGUGUGAUUUGCCUACAGUUACUACAGUUAGGGCGAAAUGCCCAAUUGCUGCUUUUAUAGGAAGGUAAUGAUUAAUACAAGUAUACCUUUCUAGUCAUUAUAUUUUCGGGGGCAACGUUAUCGGUUAUCGAGUAAUUACUAUUAUUUAAAACACUUCGGAUUGUUUAAUCGAAAUAAUUUUAAUAUUAUAAAGUGAGGUCACUGAAGAUAGUGACGACGUCGAUGCAUUCACGUGAUACUAUAGUGGAGUGACACAUUGUUUUCAUAUGCCAUGUUGAUCAAUUGUAUGAGAUGUUAAAAUAAAACUGGGAUGUGACAUAAAACUUCACGAAUUCACUUCAGAAAAGACUUACUGAAUAUUCUGAGAUCCCUCUGGAAACUCUUCGACAACGUCCAGGACUCUCUCUACACCCUUCUGUAUGAUGCCACCUUGAGCACAACUUUCAAGGAAGAUACGAGGCCUUGAUUCGAUGUAGUGUCAAUUGCGGAAAACGCUGUUUGAUUAAGAAAGAAUGCUUUAUAUGAAUUUUAUGUGAGCUGAAAUAACAAAAUAAUAUAUUUGUAUAACAUGUAUUAAUAUGUAAUUUCUGCAUUAUUCUCAGAUGUACUAAAACACAAAUAACAUAUUAUAUUGCAGGUAUUCUUAAUAAGUUAUAUAUGAACUAGUAGCUCGGGACGCCCUCUAGUGGGCAUUAUUUACAAAUUUCCAUG